UGUUUUACACCCAAACGGAUUUACAACUCCUCAAAAAUCAAACCGCGAAAUAAAAAUAAAAAGGAUAACAGCAUGGAAACAGUCGCUAAGGGGAAUGUCAAAAUGGAGGGAGUGACACAGAGAGAAGACAACUCUGAUAAAUUAAAGAAGAAAAAAAAAAAAAAAAAAAAAGUUAAAAUUUGUGAAAACAUUAUAUGUAAAAGGAGCCAGGGGGAGAAUACUGCCCAGGGAAAAGACGCUGGAAAGGCUGAAGCAAAGUCAGCUAGAACGAAUGAAGCCAAGACUGUGGGAACGGCCGCGGAAAAGGCCCCAAAGGUUCGGCACGCGGUGCUAGGCAAGUCGAAAGGAAGGAAGGUAAAGGGGGCCAAAGCGAAAGAGGCCAAGGCGAAAAAAACGCAGCUGAAAAAGGCGCAGCCAAAAGGUGAUCAUCCCAAAAAUGAUCGACCCGAAGGGGAUCGGUUCAAAAGGGAGCAGCCACAAAAUGCGCAACAUAAGACAAAGGAAGUCGGAUCUACCCUUAAGAAGGUGGCGGAGGGAUCGGAUUCCCCUGUGGAGGAGGAUCCUCUUGGGGGCUGUCCCGGGGAUAUUCCAUCGGUGAAGCGCAAAGGGGGGAACACUCAGGGAGAUGUGUCCAAAGGUAAAAGGGGAAAAGAUGAAAAGGCAAAAGGUGAUAAACGAAAAAGGGAUAUAAAAACAGAGGCGCACAAAAAUGAGAGGCGCGAAGUAACUCAACUGCGAAGUCACAACAGGGAACGCGCACCACGGGUGUGGGGGCUGCUAGACGGGUUAGGGGACGCCAAGGCGCUUUCCUGCACAGAAUCAUCCACACUAUCGUUGGCAUCAGGUACGUCAGAAAAUUCGAGCCUCUACGGGGAGGAAGACAACCUCAUUGAAAUAUGCAUUGGACAAGCAAAGCUAAACAGCCAACAGACAAACUGCUCCAAUUAUGUAGAGGCAUUCUGUGUGUCCUACUUUGUGUAUGAAGACCCCCUAGAAAUUUUCAGCCUAUUUCAGGGAGUAAGUUGGCUACCAGAAUUGAGAAACAGGUGUACCUCCCUAAACAGAAUCGAAUUUAAGCCAAAAAAAAAUAUCAAAAAAAUUUACUCCUCCGCAUAUGUAAAUAUCAAUCAGUGCGUACAUCUAAGGAGGAGAUAUAAUGAGGUCCUAAACAUUGUAAACGAUGGGAUCGCCUAUGUUUUUAUUUCCAUCAUUGGGAUCAAUUGGAAAGAGUAUGAAGAGUUCUAUCAGAGGGAAUAUGCCACCAUGAACGGAGGAACAACCGACCUCAACACUGCCUACAUUAGAAGCGAUACUGUUAAGCCGCUCAACCGAUUUGACCACCCGUGGGGGGUAAACCCCAACAUGGGUGAAGAGUAUCAAAGGGGGGGUGAGCAUAUCUCACUUGUGAAAAACCUCGUCGAGAAGUACAAAAACGAAAUAGAGUUAGAAAUAAACUUCAUGGGAGAGAAAAAAAUGGUCACAGAGAGGAAUUACAAAAAAUUUCUUCACAUUUUAGGCUCAUGCAUUGUUCCUAUAAAAUUGUGUAAUGGAGGAGAAGCAGAAAGGGUUCAGAAAAUUUGCACUAGGGAUAGCUACAAUGUAUACCCUCAUGAAGUCAUUCGAUCCGUCUUGCACAACUACGUAGACCUGUUCAGAAAAGGCAGAAAGGCAAAUUUGUUCCACCUCAUUAGUAGGCAUGAACAGGAGUUACUACCAGUGGGUCGUCUGAAUCUUCAGAGCAAACAAGUGAAAAAGGAUCUACCACCUCCAAGCGAUGUCCUGGACGAAGAGGAUAUACUUCACAAUUUGAGCAAUCGAAAUAGUAACGCACACAACAUUGCAGAGAAAAUUUUUAAAUACAUUACCAUAAGAAGAACGAGUAAAACACCAGAAAAAGAUGGCUUUGUAAAAAAAAUAAAAAAAUUGUGUUCCUACUUAGAUGUAGAAUUAAAUAAAAAAGACCCAAAGUACAUGAACGUGUCCUUUUCCUACUUUGAAAAAUGUCUGCAAAAAAUGGAUGACAUGAAGGAACAGGAAAAAUUUAGUAAAAAAAUUAGAAAAAAAUUAUUUAAAAUGUUGGGACUAUCAAAGAGGAAAAUCCCAAACGGGUUCCAUUCAUCCGGUUGCAGAAUUUUAGAAGUGCCUUGCUCACAUCUAAUUGUUUUUGUUCACUGUGUGUCCAACAUAACGCUUAAAUUGAUCUCGCUAAAAAAUUUUAUGGACGUAAAUCUCUUCCAUGGGAUCAUAUUUUGGGAGGAAGAGGGGAACAGUUUGCGUAACUUUCAAAAUGUAAAGGACAGAAAAAGGAGGACCAUCAAAUUGACAUCGCGGGAUGGGAUCCAGGCUGACUACUACUUCGCAACGGAAUGUGAUGAAGGGGGUCGUAAAGUGGGGAGAGAAAAACAGGACGUCGUUUGUUUGAAGCUUAAUUUUAGCACCCCUAUCAUCCUGCCUUACAACUACAACGCGUCUUCUUGCCGGUUAAAUUUUGUCCUUUUUCACAACGGCACUCCGCUGCUUCGUUUGGCUGGUAGCGAUGGAAGCUGCGGCUACGCCAUAAACGAUAACGUCCCGUUUAACGAAGGGGACAAGGUAAAGAGGAGCCUCCAAAUUCACCCGCAUUAUCUAAAAACGAAUGGGUACGACCCCUUCACAGAAAAUUCCAGACCCUUUGUUGAACUUUCCUUCUACACACACCCAAGGAAUAGCACAUUCUUCCCUGCAGCCAAGUAUAAACUGCUUUACAAAAAUCAAAUGAAGAACAACUUGGGGGAAGACAUUACUCUCUCCUCGUAUGCAGCUCCUAAUUUUGGAAGGGACAAAUUGGUUUUUCACUUUUUCGAUGACUUUUCGGAUGACUUACCUGUGGGGAAAGCAAAUCGGGGGAAUCAUUUUAAGAGUUAUUUCUUCGUGCCCGUUAUGGGACGUGAAAUACAAGACGGGUCUCCAGUGGGGAAGCGCUAUGACUCUCCAUCUAGGAAUGUCCAAUCGAGCGUUGUCCGCAUGCAUGGUCAACGUGGGACCUCCCCUCUGGAUGCUCCCCUCCAGGUGGUCCAUUUCGCCGUGGCAGAGGGAGGGGGGCUCCAAGGGGGGGAAAUAAAUAAGUGGCACUCCUUCUACGUAUACACAAAAAAUGACAGAAAAAGAAAUAUAUAUGGAGGAAAGCACGUUCAAAUUAGGAUACAAAUAGAGCCGGUCGGUUAUUUUCAAUUGGACUAUGCUGCUGACCGUGGUAGAAACGCAGAGGUAAAGGAAAACACCUUAAGUUGCUAUGCACCUAAUAAGGGGCUGAUGGGUACUGAUCAGUUCUGCUUUAACUCCUUCAGUGGGAUCCACGAACUGGUCGACUACAAAGUGGAGGAUUUAAAGAAUGGCACUUACGAGGUGACAUACCAGGUUCACAAAGUGGGAAGGAAGCUGCUCUACAUCUUCUGUGACGGGAUCAAUGUGAUUGGUUCUCCAUACGAAAUAGAGGCAACUCCCUGGGGUGCAGAUCCCAAGUCGUGCAAAAUUUUCGGAAAGGGGGCCACCCAGUGUUUGGCCACCCCCGUUCUGGACCUGUGUACUGGACCCUGGGUGGAUGGUCAUGUAGACAAGCGGCAAUGCGAGAAGAGGUCUACGCGGCAAGAGGCCAAUCUGGGUGCCAAUCUGGAUGUUCCAAUAGACGUUCCCCUUGCCUCGACUGAUAAGAAGGCGGGUCUAGCGCCAAGUGAGGGGAAUCUCGAUGGAGCUACCCCAGCAGUACACCCAGGGGAGAAUCACCCCUGUUAUACUGCUAACUGUGCCGCUCCCCAUGGAGAAGACGAUUUUCAUAUCAUCUCCAUAACAAAGCGGGAGGCGAGCACCGACCUGGGGGCGGGCAAAAGUGAAGAGGUGUCAGAUCCGUGUGCACGCGAAGAAGGGCUAUCCAGCACAUCGUCAGUAAGGAGAACCCCCUACUGUAGUGACAAAACGAACAAGCUUAUUUCGCAGCCAAAAUAUUACGAUGAAAUAAAAGGAGAGAACAUAACCAAGAUGGACAAAGAAAACAAGCAGAGGUUUGCUCAUCUCCUGGAAGAAGCCCAAAUGGUUAACACAUUUACAGUAAUACUUUGUGAUAAAAAUGGGGUAAAGCUAAGUAUCGGGAACGAUAACGUAAAAGUGGUGGGAAAAAAUGGCGCACAGAUUAAGCGGGUCGUGGACAACAGUGAUGGGAGUUACACAGUUGAAUAUGUCACCCAUUUUAAAAGGGAAGAGAAAAUGAAAAAAAUGUUUGACGAUGAAGAUAUAGAAGAGGUACAAAAUUUUUACGAAGAAUUCCUCAUAAACUGUAGUAGAAAAGGAAAUGAUAAUUACAUCAUUGAAGAAUUUCAAAGGAGGUUCGAUCAGCGCAUUCCCAUAUGUUGCCAGAUUCAUGUCUACGUAAACGAGGUUGAAAUGUUUGGGUCGCCAGUGAAACCUAUAAUUAUGAACAUACCACAGAUACUCCAUUUCUUUAAUUUAUAUUUCCAGUUCACUUAUUCAGGAUUGUUACUAAAAAGUUUUGAAUUUUUACUAAACUGUAAUGACUACGAAGGGUGUAUGAGGAGUCUUUCCUCAUUUUAUUCAACCUUCUUGGGGGGGGUGGACAGUGAAGAAGGGCACGCCAAGUGGACAAGGUCGAAGAGGUUGCCAACGUUGAACCGACUUGUACCCACCAAUGGAACUGAUGAGAAAGUUAACGGUGAGAACUUCUUCUUUCAAAUUCCGCUGAACGUGUUCGACUUGAGGAAGGGGGCCCUCACAGAUAGUACCUUACCAGUGGGGGAGGUGGUGCAGUAUACAAAAGGGGCCCCACUACAGGGAAGAGCAAUCGCCAAAAUGGAUGAAUCCUCAUUCAUGAAUGAGUGGCUCCACAUGCACAUGCAAAAAUCAAAAUUAUCCAAAAAGGAUGCGAAGUACGACCUGGGCAUGAACCUGGCCUACUCCCUAAGCAACAUAAUUUUACAACACCUGAUAUAUUUGAAACAGUACAAAUUUUUUAUCAACUCCAAGCAGUAUGAAAAUGGCUUGCUCGAGAAUAAUAUUCUGACGCAGUUUAGGAAGCUCCUGGAGGAGGAGUACAACAAAAUGUUUGCCUACCAAACGAAUAACAUCAUAAAGUACUGCCAAAAAAUUGGGAAUGUUAAAUUUAGCGGCUUGGAAGAAUUAAUAAAGGUUUACAAAGGGAUUGCAUUUGAGUUGCGCAAAUUGAAGAACAACGAUCUGGCGGAAGAAUUCGACAAAUGCUGUGAACACAUGUGUCAGGAGUUGUAUCUUCACAACAUCGAGUCGAGUCUACUUAGGAAGGAAGCCACGUUGGACAAGUACGAACAAGUAAUAGACCAGAAAAUAGACAAGGUAAACCAAAUCAAGGAAGGGCUCAAAAAAUAUGAACAGAAAGAGGUAGACAUGGACAGAAUCUCUAAACUGUGCAGCGUAAAAAGGGAUAGAGCCAUACAGACGAACGACUACCUGUCCAUGUCCCACAGGAAGAGCUUCUUAAGUGCCCUCAUCAAAUCGAGGAAGGAUGAACCCUCAGCAGGGGAAGAAGCCCAAAUGAAAAAUGCACAAUCAAACCAGCUCCACACGGAGGAAAUGCAAAUCCGGCACAUGGUGAGGAAGUACUGGAGAAAUGCAUCCACCUAUGACAUAUUUGUAAGUAUAAAAAAAACAAUGAAUAAUUGCCCUCGACUGAAAACCUCCUUGGAUGAAACGUUUAACUACUACAGCUGUAGUGUCAAGAAGGACAACAAAAUGAAGGACUUUCAAAUUAAAAAAAUGCAGGAAAUAAAAAUGGUGGAAAAUCUAGACAAUUUAAAAAAGAUAGACCUAAAUCAAGACAAUAACAACCUACUCCCACAUAACGACUUGAGUACCUUCCACCUGACGUACAACGCUUAUGUAGCUCUGUUAAUCGACUUACGAUGUAACAAAUAUUUUAUUAAAGAUUUGGACAAUAUCCUUUGGCUGUUUGAAAAAUUUUCAAUUCAGCACCAUUCCUUUCGAAACCUUUACAACCCCUAUGGAUUUUUAAGAGUCAUUCCAAAGUAUCUCUUCAUUGCUUUUGUUAGGGAAUUGGCCUACUUAAAUAUGCUCUAUGUCGUCUCUGAAUGUGUGAUCACCAAUAGGGAGGAUGAGAAAAUAUUCCUCAACACCAAUCACCCUUCUCGGCUCUCCUCAUUUCAUCAUUUUGUUAAGUACCAUUUUGUACCCUUUUAUGAAGAACUUAGCUUGGAACCCAAUUUUCAGAAUUUUAAACAAAAUUUAAUUGAGCAUAAUGAGGAAGAGGUCGACCCGGAUAGCACCAGGGACACAUGUUCCUCUAAGGGUGGAGUCAUCACCACCCCACAUGUACAUAUAAACCUCCUUGAUUUGGAGACCUACUUCUAUGAUGAACUGCCUCUCCUUGUUCGGCACAGGAACUUCGACAAGACCUUCCCCCUUCUGUUUGAUUAUUACGCGGGUUUGUCUUCCUCGUGUGGCGCCCCAAGGAAGGAACAUGCCGGGUCAGCAACUCAAGGGGAAGUCGUCCAGGGUGGGACCCCCUCUAACACAGCUAAAAUGGCUAACACGGCUAACACGGAUAAUAUCGCAAACCAAGUUGGAGAAGGCGAACCUGGGCCGUGCCCCGAGAAGCACGUCUCCGUUGCCAUCUUCAUUCGAUUCCUGCGCGAGUUUGGCAUCAUCCCGCACUUCUUUAGCAACCAAAUGGCCAUACACACACUGCAGUCCUUCAUGCAAAAGAAGGGGAAAAAGAAACUAAAUUACGAGGAUUUCUCCCAUGCUAUACUUAUAUCCAUCUGUGAGUGCGUGAAAAAAAACAUCCUCACACAGUACAACAUGCUCAAGGUGAAUAAUCAGCUGAACUCCAAAAUUCAGACGGAGAAAAUUUUGAACCCAAGUUAUAUUCAAUACGAGGCCAAGGAGUUAAUCUACCUCUUCGGCUUCGCUGACAUGCAGCUGGUGCGGUCCAAGCUGGUCGGGUAGAAUUCUCUCAAAAGAGCAUUUAAAAUAAUGGGCCUUGUGAAACAUAUAUUUGAGCAUGACCAAGUGAGGCUUCUAAAGAACAUCGGCACUUUUGCUGAAACGUUGUCAUCCCUGGGCUCCGUCCCAAGCUUUAAAAAGUUUAUCUUCACCAAAUAUGGCACGAACUAUGACAGGGUUAUGCAGAAUUGCCGCACCAGCAGCGUUCUGAUUUUUCGAGCCAAUGAAUACUUAAGAAAGUUAAUAGAGUCAAUAUCGGUUGUGUUUUGGAAGGGCCGUAAAUGGAAAGGCACGUACUGGCCAAGCAAAUGGAAGUGGUACCACCGUCAUGGUUACUGGGCCACUCGGAAGAAGCUCCUCAGCUUCGACAAGUACAGACCCUACAGGUAUCACGAAGUUAAGGGGCACGGAAAACCGAAGCUUCAAUUCUGGCAGGACCACUCCUAUUACAGGCCCCUCAAGCAGACAACGAAGUUUUGGUGA